AUGGGUAUAAUAGUCCCAGGUCAAGUUCUCACUCAGUCCAAGUCUAGUUCAGUCCACUCAACAUGCCCAGCAGCAAUAGGCCCAGCAACAGGCUCAGCAACAGGCCGCUCAACAGGCCCAGCAGGCUCUACUACUCCCUCAUCAGCACCAGUCAGUGCUCCACUGCAUGCUAUUGCACCGGAGACCUCUCCAUUCAAGCCCCGAUGCCCCUCUCGUGACUCCGAUACCCGUAGAGCACUGGCGAGUGCUCUACAGUGGCUCAUCGCCACUGUUGGUAUGAAGGAUAAGUUAUCAAGGGGACAGGGAGACCGUCAGUUCAAAGAUGCUGCCAGUGAUAGUGAUGAUGAUGAUGCCGGCGGUGGUAAGGCAGCCAGAAGACGCUCUCGCAAAGGGAAAGAGCAUGUAGCACCUACAGAGCUCGUGCGACCUUUCAUAAUGGUUUCCAUAGUGGACCCCGAUGCUAUAGGUGCAUUCUUUAUCCUCGUCCCACCACCUACUUAUGACUGGAAUGAUCCCCUGAACCAACCUCCAUUUAUCGGAACUUUGACCAAGAUAGCCUUCCCCGAGUUAUGCAACUUGAUCCUGAAGUAUACAGCACCUGGCAGAGCAGUAAGGACUAUCUGGGGAGCAAUUGAGAACGUCCCCCCGGCAGCUGUUCCUCCCGUUCGGCCAGUGGAGGUACAAAUUACGGAUUCAGAGGAGCUCGAAGAAUCCCCUCCGUUGAACCCAGCUUUCCCUCAUGUUGAGGAAGAUGAUUAUAGCGUGAUCGAUAUUCCUGCAGAGGAUUCGGAUUACGAGGAGGGGACGAUCUGGACACCUGCCGGGAUAGCAGCCAAGAGAGCUGCUGAUGCACUCCCAGCUGCUGAUGCUGGAGGUGGUGGAGGUGGUAGUAGUGGUGAUAGUGGUGGUGGUGGUGGUGGUGGUGAUGCGCAGGAGGAGCCUGAGGCAAUUGAGGCGCCUGAGAUGGAAGAAAUAGUUGAUACUAGCCACUCAGACUAUGAUGAUGCUCCGGAGAAUGACCAUGAGAGCUCUGAGGGGGAUGAGGAUGAACCGGAGGAUGAACCUCAAGCCCCCCCAAUCUUCCACCCAGAUGUGUCAGACUGUUGGAAAGAGACCUCAUACAAUUCAACCAACUACUGCCAGAUCAGUGGGCAAUGCUCGGAGGAAACCAACUGGCAUGGUAGCGGAGGUGAUUGCUUCUUCCGACGUAUCGGUGGACGUGGUACAGGUUCGACUCUAUCUCGCUCAUUGAUGCUUUUUAACAUGGAGAGCAGCACCCACUCCAGCACCCAGCCAGAAUGCAUCCCAGAGAGCACUCCCGACAUCCCAGUGAGCAGUCAUCAGAUUCCUUCAAGCCAACUUCACGGUCAAGGUCGAUCGCAAAGAGUCUACGAAUUCGAGUACAUUCCCUCAUCUAGGGAGGAGGACGAGAGUGCUCCGAUGCCAGAAAGUGAUGUGAGCAUGUGGGCAACUGCAAGUCACCAAGUGGAGUGUAAAGUAGACCUUGAUGAGGUUGUUAUUAAACAGCUCAGAAGUCUGCACUCCCGUGUCCGUUCCAACUUGAUGCACAAGGUGAAAGGGGGCCUGACAGACUCUACAAUAUAUGGGCUUGGAAAUCUUGUGGGGCCUGAGGCAAGGGCGGCCCAGGUGGAAUACCUUUUGAAGAAUGAUCGUUUCUUGAGCCCGCAAGAGCAUUACGAGACCUACCAACUGCGCUUUCUGGCUCCUGAAAUUAUCCAUAUAUUGUAUUUUAAAUACUUCGAUGCGGUAAGAAUUCGAGGGGUUAGGGAUCCCGAAUUUCUACAGUGGAUAACCACUACCCUUAUUUGCCUGAUAUCGACGGCGAUCUGGCACGGCACUUGGGCGUUGUCAACAGGGAAUUACUUGAAGCCUGAUAAUUUUCAGUCGCAGAAUGAGAGUGUCGUGAAAACGUUCAACAGGAUGAGCAACACUUGGAAGGGGAGAAGUAAAUUGAACCAGGAGGCCACCUUGGAGGUAAUCAAAGAUAACCUUCGAGAAAAGAUACGAGAUAAAAAGGGGGUAACUAUUGAGGUGAUACCGGAGGAGGGUUUUAGCGAGGACGAUGAAGCGCUGGCUGCGGAUCUUGCCGCAUUCCGAAAUGCUCGGAGAAUACCCACAAGUGCUCCAAAAGGUCGGGUUGGUUCCGACAGUGCCCAGGACGAAGUGAUUAAUGCCCAACUUCGUGGCGUUGACACUGAAGAGGAGGGGGAGGAGGAAGAAGAGGAGCCCGAAUUACCUAUAGUGGGAGAAUACAAAGGGGGAGGAGUAAGGAUGUGUACAACAAUCGCGAGUGCUAAGGAAGAUAGUGGGGGAUUUGUUCUUUUCC